AUGGACUGCAACAUGAGAUCUCCGUUUCUGUGGGAGUUGGAGAGUUUGAUCAUGUCCUCCAAUGCGUCAAAGACUGAAUGUGACAGAAAACAGCUGUCUACGGAGUGGGAGAUUGAGAAAGGUGAAGGAAUUGAAUCUAUUGUUCCGUAUUUGUCGAGCCUUGAGAGAGUCUGCACUGGCUCUUCCACCAGUUUGUGGCACACUGCUGUUUCGAAAAGCUCACAGUCGACAUCUAUCAACUCAUCAUCUCCCGAAGUCAAACAAACCAAGCUUGCAUCAGAAAGUUCCCCUGGAGAUUCUAGCAGCAACAUAGAUUUUGUCCAAGUGAAGGCAUCCACAGCACUCGAGGUAUCUGCUGAAUCAGAUCUUUGUUUAAAACUAGGGAAGCGGACAUACUCUGAAGAACUUUGGGGUAGAAACAAUAAUGGCAUUUCAACCGUGUCUAUGAAGCUAUUGACUCCAUCUGUUGUUGCUCGAAAGAAAUCCAAAACGUGUGGUCAGAGCAUGCAAGUCCCGCGUUGCCAAAUCGAUGGCUGUGAGCUUGAUCUCUCAUCUGCUAAGGAUUAUCAUCGCAAGCAUAGAGUCUGCGAAAGCCAUUCCAAGUGCCCAAAAGUUACCGUGAGUGGCCUGGAACGACGAUUCUGUCAACAGUGUAGCAGGUUUCAUGCUGUCUCUGAAUUUGAUGAGAAGAAACGAAGCUGUCGCAAACGUCUUUCUCACCAUAAUGCGAGGCGUCGCAAGCCACAAGGACUAUUCCCAUCAAAUCCAGAGAGGGUGUACGAUCGAAGACAGCAUACAAAUAUGUUGUGGAAUGGGUUGUCCCUUAACACGAGAUGUGAAGAAAAGUAUGCAUGGGGUAACACUUAUGACACAAAGCCUACACAGACGGAAAGCGGCUUUACUGUGAGCUUCCAGAGAGGAAAUGGCUCUGAGGAGCAGUUGUAUGCUAGUAGCAACCACUCUUUCUCUGCAGGGAAGACUAAGUUUCAACUUCAUGGCCAAGGUGUGGGAGAAAACUCAGGAGUGUUCCAUGAAUCUCAAGAUUUCCACCGUGCUCUCUCUCUUCUGUCAACUUCUUCCGAUCCACAUGCGCAGCCUUCUUUUUUCAUAUGA